AUGGCUUGGAUUAUCUCCCCGCAUCUGCACAGGACCUGCGCCGCCUUUCUGCUGCUCGCGGUGCUUUUGACAGGUGAUGCGCGCUCGCAGGGUUCGGACAGCUAUGGAUUAUCAUACGCCCUGAGGUCCGAGCUGUCAGAAGACACCAUACUGGUCGCCAAUAAUGGGAUUCGUGUGCCUUUCGGGAGAUCAGUCUUCAUUGAUCCAAUCAACGAUCUGGUGAUCCAAGUUCAGCCCGGUGAUCGAUGCAGCAUCACAGUCCUGGAUAACGACCCUUUGUCUCAGAAGCCGGGACACCUGUCUCCAAAAAAGUUUCCCUGCGAAUUUGGCCCCAACGACGUGAAGUACUCUCACUUUGGCUCCAGGAGUCCCCCGAGGGACAGAGUGAGGCUGCAGCUCAGGUAUGACACCCAGACGGAUACAAUCAUAAUCCCCUUCAUGAUGGAGGUGGAGGUGGUUUUCACACAGCUGGAGGUGCUGACUAAAAACAUGCCUCUCACAGUGGAGAGACUGUUCGGCACAAGUAAUCCCAUUGAUAGGAAGAUUCUGGAGUUCACCUAUGAUAGGAGUACACAGCAGUGCAGGAUCGCCUCCCUCUCCAGUGGAAACGUGCUCCCCAGGUAUGGCCAACUUGUGGAUGAGGACAGCCUGGGAACAAUGGUGGACUGUGAUGAAUUUAUUAAAAUGAACACACGCUAUCAGCACACUUUUGCUUUGAAGUCCCCCAACAGAGAUUACAUACCGAUGCUUGUGGAACUGCAUGAUAAGGAAGGCAAUUUGCUCAAGCAGGAGUUUUUCCAGAUAUUGGUGAGAAUUAAAGAGGGAGAGGACAACACUCCUCCUAAACCCAGCUUUGUUGCAAUGAUGAUGAUGGAAGUAGACCAAUUUGUCAUGACAGCAAUAACCAUGGAUAUGCUGGCAGCGGAGGAUGUUGAGUCUAAUCCAGACGAAUUAAUUUUCAACAUCACGUCCCCCCUGUCCUUCGAGGAGGGCUACAUAGUGAGCACAGAUGACAGGAAUUUACCAAUAACCUCAUUUUACCAAGGAGACCUCAAAGAGCUGAAAAUUGCAUAUAAACCCCCUGCUGUGGAUUCAGACACUGAGCGGAUUUUCCAGAUUGAGUUUGAGGUUGUGGACACGGAGGGGGCUGUGUCGGACCCUUUUGCUUUCAUGAUUGUUGUGAAGCCCAUGAACACCUUGGCCCCUGUUGUUACCAGAAACACGGGGCAGUUACUGUAUGAGGGUCAGUCCAGGCCUUUGUCCAGCUCACAGAAUCUGGAAAUCAGCGAUGAGGACAAUCUGGACAAAGUCAAAAUUACUGUUAUUGAUGGACUGAGGCAUGGAGAGUUAACUGUUCUGGGCACGGGGAGGAAAUUUUUCACCCCGGCUGACCUGGACUCUGGAGUAGUCAUCUAUCAACAUGACGGCAGUGACACAUACAGUGAUAAUAUUAUUUUCAGAAUGACAGAUGGCACAAAUGAGGUGGAGUUCCUGUUUCCCAUCACUGUCGUGCCGACGGAUGACGAGCCUCCCAUAAUAAAUGCCAACACUGGCUUGAUUUUGUUCAAAAAUCAAAUGAUGCCAAUCUCCUCACUGAUGCUAAGCGCCGCAGACAUCGACUCAGAGGACUCCACCAUAAAAUUCACUGUUGAGCCUCCUUUUUCGUAUGUGGGCCAGGUGAUGCUGCGACAGUCUGAGGCCCCCGAGGACCCGUCCACCUGGAAGUUUAAUACAGAGGAUGAAAUGUAUGAGAAAGUGGUCAGUGAAUGGCUGCAGCAGGAUAUAACUGACGGCAAAUUGUUUUACAAGCACGUCGGACCCCACAGCACCGGCACAGUUAUGGAUCAGUUUGUGUUCCGAGUUCAAGACGACAACGACCCUCCGAAUCAAUCGAGAGAGAGUUCAUUCAUCAUCAAGGUUCUCCCUGUUGACGACCUCCCGCCUGAACUCUACCCCGGCACGACCCUGCAAAUGACUGUGCAUGAGUAUCAGCUUACUUACUUGCGAAAGAAAUUCCUGCGCUACACUGACCUUGACUCGGAGGAUCGGGAUCUGAAAUUCACAAUCAUACAGCCACCGACAGACACCGACGAGAAUAGCCCUGUCGCACUGGGCGCGCUGGUAUUAACUGAAAAGCCAAACACCGAAGUCACAACUUUCACUCAGGCGCAAAUUAAUCACCAUAAAAUUGCUUAUAAGCCACCCGAUCUGGAGCUUGGAAUUACCCCACGUGUGCUGCAGUUCAGGUACACUGUAGAGGAUAUUUCGAGAAAUAGCAUCGAAGGUGUAUUUACAAUAUUCUUAGAGCCUGUCGACAACAAGCCACCUCAAAUAAUAAACUCCGGGUUUACUGUGCUCGAACGUGGCAGACACAUCUUAACAAGAGCUGAGCUGGACACCUCAGACACAGACACAGAUAGUGAAAAGAUAACAUUCACUAUUUCUCAGCUGCCGCUUCACGGCCAGAUCCAGUUUACUUUCACUGACAUGACAAAAGGAAAUACUUUCACUCUGCAGGAUAUUGGAAAUGGUUUGAUAUCCUACAUUCAUAACGGAGAUGAGUCGACGGCAGAUUCAAUACAAAUAGAUGUCAGUGAUGGUGUACACAUUGUCCCAAUCACAAUCAAGAUUAGUGUGAAGCCGGUUGAUGACGAGACUCCAACUAUCAGUCUCCCACCUGGCACAAUUGGCUCCUAUAUAGAUGUGCUGGAAAAUGGAGCGACAGAAAUAACAAGUAAUGUCAUUCAAGGAAGAGAUGAAGACACUGAUGACUUCCGUUUAACCUUUAUUGUUGAAGAUCCUCCUUCGUUCGGCGAAAUCCUGGUGAAAGGUGUCCCAUCUGGCAUGUUCACCCAAGCUGAUGUCAUUAACGGCUUUGUCGUGUAUGCUCACACCAGUGGAGAGAUUGGCCUGAACACGAAGCAGGACUAUUUCAAUCUCACCCUGACAGACAUGUCUGAUGAGUGGACUGUUGGAGGAAAUAAGAUCACAGGAGUCAGAGUGCAUGUGACUAUUCUUCCCCUGGACAGCCAGGCUCCGGAGGUCUUCGUUGGACCCCUUUUCACAGUUUCAGAGGGAGAGAAGAAUGUCAUUCAGAUUCUUCAUAUAAGUGCCGACGACGUUGACACGCUGGACGACGACCUCCUUUGUACGAUCAUUGUACAGCCAACUGCGGGUUACGUGGAAAAUAUCUCUCCCGCUCCAGGCUCCGAGAAAUCCAGGUCCGGGACCGCUAUUAGUGCUUUCACCAUCAAGGACAUCAGACAGAAUCACAUUUACUAUGUUCAAAGCAUUCACAAAGGAGUCGAGCCAGUGGAGGACAGAUUUACGUUCAGAUGCUCUGAUGGCAUCAAUUUCUCUGAAAGGCACUUUUUCCCUAUCUCCAUAAUCCCCUCUAAUGAUGAAAAGCCCGAGAUUUACAUGAGAGAGUUUGUAGUUAUGGAGGGCAUGAACAUAGUCAUUGACUCUCCCAUUCUGAAUGGUGCUGAUGCAGAUCUCCCCUCUGAUCAGCUCACGUUCUUCAUCACGAAACCCCCGAAGCACGGAUUUAUUCUCAAUCAGCUCACUACCGGCACCCUCCCAGUGUCUAACUUCACCUUGGAUCAGAUCAGGGAAGCCUCCAGCAUUGUGUAUGAGCACGAUGACUCAGAGACCACAGAGGACAGCUUCGAUAUUGUUCUCACAGACGGCAAGUUCAGUGUAGAGAAAACAGUAAUAGUUAUGAUUAUCCCCGUGGAUGAUGAAACUCCAAGGAUGGCAAUCAAUGAUGGCCUUGAAAUUGAGAUAGGUGAUGUGAAAGUCAUCAAUAGCAAUGUUUUAAAGGCCACAGAUCUGGACUCCGAGGACAGCCUGCUAACUUAUAUCAUUCGAUACGGCCCUGCCCAGGGGUAUUUACAGAGAACCACGCCUUCUGGAUCGAUGCAGAAUAUUACAGUCGGGAUGAAUUUCACACAAAAUGAAGUGGAUCAGGGUUUGAUUAUUUACAUUCACAACGGACAAGAAGGAAUUCGAGACCUGAUCAAGUUUGAUGUGACAGACGGCAUUAACCCUUUGAUUGACAGAUACUUCUAUGUCACAGUGGGAGGUAUUGACAUGGUUUUCCCCGAUGUGGUCAGUAAAGGUGUGUCCCUUAAAGAAGGAGGCAGAGUGACUCUGACCACAGAUCUUCUCAGUACGAGCGACCUGAAUAGUCCAGACGAGCAUUUGGUUUUCACGAUCACCCGCGCGCCCAUGAGGGGACACCUGGAAUGCACCGACACGCCCGGGAUGCCCAUCUCAUCCUUCACACAACUCCAGCUGGCCGGGAACAAAAUCUAUUACAUCCACACUGCUGACGACGAGGUAAAAAUGGACAGCUUCGAGUUUGAAGUGACCGAUGGCCACAACCCCGUCUUCCGCACUUUCCGUAUCUCCAUCGCCGACGUGGACAACAAAAAGCCCGUGGUGACGGUGCACGGCCUGGUGGUGACGGAGGGGGAAAAUAAACUCAUCACGCCCUUUGAGCUAACGGUGGAGGACAGGGACACUGUUGACCGACUCUUGAAAUUCACAGUCACUCAGAUUCCGGUUCACGGUCGUCUGCUCUUUAACAACACUCGACCUGUCACCUCCUUCACUAAGCAGGAUUUGAAUGAGAACUUGAUCAGCUACAAGCACGAUGGCACAGAGAGCUCAGUGGACAGUUUCUCCUUCAGUGUCACUGACGGAACUCACACGGACUUCUAUGUGUUCCCCGACACAGUGUUUGAGACCCGAAAGCCCCAAGUCAUGAAAAUCACUGUCCUCCCGGUAGACAAUGGGGUUCCACAGAUCAUAGUUAAUAAGGGUGCCCCAACGUUGCGGGUUCUUGAUUCAGGUCACCUGGGGUUUGUGAUCACCAGUAAGACUCUUAAAGCAGAGGACAGAGACAGCAUCCAGGAUACUGUGACCUUUCGGAUUACCGUAGCCCCGGAACACGGCUAUCUAAUCAACUUCGGCAAGGGAAAUGCGACUAUCACCACCUUCACACAAGCUGAUAUUGAUGAUAUGAACAUUUGCUAUGUUCUGCGGGACGGCGACAAGGCUACAAACGACAUCUUUUACUUCUCCAUCGAGGACAGCGGAGGCAACAGGCUGAAGAACCAACAGUUCCGUCUGAACUGGGCCUGGAUUUCUUUAGAGAAGGAGCACUACGUGGUGGACGAGGAGGUCAAGUUCCUGGAGGUGGUGCUGAAACGCCGCGGAUAUCUGGGAGAGACGUCGUUCGUUAGUAUCGGCACAAAAGACGGCUCUGCAGAGAAGGACAAAGACUUCCGCGGGAAGUCUCAGAAGCAGGUGCAGUUCAAUCCUGGCCAGACCACGGCCACCUGGAAGGUCAGGAUCCUGUCCGAUAAUGAGUACGAGGUGUCAGAGACGUUCCAGAUCGUUCUGUCCGAGGCAGUGAUGGCUGCCCUUGAGUUCCCAGACGUCGCCACUGUGGAGAUCCUCGACCCCGGUGACGAGUCGACGGUGUUUCUGCCCUCGGCCGUGUACAACAUCGAGGAGGACAUCGGCGAGCUGCUGAUCCCUGUACGCCGGAGCGGAGACGUCAGUCAGGAGCUCAUGGUCAUAUGCUACACCCAGCAAGUUUCGGCCACGGGCACGGUCCCCACCACGGUGCUGUCAUACUCUGAUUAUAUCUCCAGGCCGGAAGACCAUCACAGCAUCCUGCGCUUCGACAGGGGGGAGACGGAGAAGCCCUGCCGGGUGGUGAUCAUAGACGACUCGCUCUACGAAGAGGAGGAAAGCUUCAAUGUCACCCUCAGCAUGCCCAUGGGAGGACGUCUGGGCUCCGAGUUCCCCUCAGCUCGGAUCGUAAUCAUUCCUGAUAUGGAUGACGAUCCUGUCUUCUACUUCGGGAACACAGACUACCAUGUGGAUGAGAGCGACGGCUACGUGGAGGUGCAGGUUUGGAGGACGGGCACUGAUCUUUCCAGAGGAGGAACCGUGACAGUGCGCUCCAGGAAGACAGAUCCAGCCUCAGCCGAGGCUGGUGUGGACUACGUGGGGAUCAGCAGGAACCUGGACUUCGCUCCGGGGGUCACCAUGCAGACGUUUCGGGUCACCAUCCUGGACGAUCUGGGCCAGCCGGUCCUGGAGGGCCCGGAGAAGUUCGAGCUGGUGCUGCGGAUGCCCAUGAACGGCAUCCUGGGAGAGCCCAGCAAAACCACCGUGCUCAUCAACGACUCGGUCUCAGACCUGCCGAAGGUGCAGUUCCGUGAAGCCGUCCACGUGGGCCACGAGGACUCAGGACAGAUCUCGGCGGUGGUGUACCGAAGCGGCGACGUCAGCUACAAAUCCACCGUGCGCUGUUACAGCAGGCAGGGAACGGCCCAGGUCAUGAUGGACUUCAACGAGAGGCCCAACACGGACGCCUCCGUCGUCACCUUCCUGCCAGGCGAGAUUGAGAAACCCUGUGUACUGGUGCUGGUUGACGACACAGAGCACGAGGAAGAGGAGGAGCUCCGUCUGGUGCUGGGAAGCCCCAGGAGUGACUCUCCUUACGGGGCGUCUAUUGGAGCGCAGAACGAAACACUCAUCAAGAUUAAAGAUGACGCAGACAGGUCAAUCAUUAGUUUUGGAGAGACCAAGUUCAGCGUGAACGAGCCAAAGGAAAAAGGACGGGUGUCCGUGGUGAAGAUCCCCGUGCUGCGUGUCGGAGACACCUCCAAGGUCUCUGUUGUUCGAGUUCACACCAAAGACGGAUCUGCUACAUCUGGGGAGGACUACCAUCCCGUAUCCCAGGAAAUUGUGUUCAAAGAGGGCGAGACGGAGCACUACGUGGAAGUGGAGGUCUUAUUUGAUGGCGUGAGAGAGAUGAGGGAGGCGUUCACGGUGCACCUGAGGCCCGAUGAGAAUAUGGUGGCAGAGACAAAGCUGAGCAAAGUCAUCAUUUACAUCGAGGAGACAAACAGCAUGGCAGAUGUCACGUUCCCGUCGGUUCCCAGAGUGGUUUCUCUCCUUCACUACGACGACAUUGAGAGGACGAAGGACGCUCUGCCUGUGGCUGGAUACCCCGUCGUUUGUGUCACUGCUUGUAACCCCAAAUACCCAGAUUAUGACAAAACAGGCUCCAUCUGCGUGAGCGAGACCAUCAACAACACCCUGACCCGGUACCGUUGGCUCGUGAGCGCCCCCACCGGCAGGGACGGCGUCACCAGCCCCAUGAGGGAGGUGGACUUCGACACCUUCUUCACUUCCUCCAAACUCAUAACGCUGGACUCAGUCUACUUCCAGGCUGGUUCCAGGGUCCAGUGCGCCGCCAGAGCGGUGAACUCGAACGGGGACGAAGGCCUGGAGCUGAGCAGCCCCAUUGUGUCCAUCAGCGUCGAGGACGGAAUGUGCCAGCCUCGAGUUGCAGGCACAGUGGGGGCCGAGCCCUUCUCUGCCAAGCUGCGGUACAGCGGAGCGGAAGACGCCGACCACCCCAACCUCAUCAAAGUGACUGUAACCAUGCCGCACAUCGACGGUAUGUUACCUGUCGUGUCCACGCGGCCUUUAUCGAACUUCGAGCUGACCCUGAGCCCCGACGGCACCCGCGUGGGCCACCACCGCUGCUCCAAUUUGUUGGACUACGCCGAGGUCAAGACUCGCCACGGCUUCCUCACGGAGGCCACCAAGAACGCCGAGGUGAUCGGGGAGACGGCGCCUUACCAGUACAGCGCCGCCCUCAGGGGGUCCGGCACGCUGCGCUUCUACAGGAACCUCAACUUGGAGGCGUGCCUGUGGGAGUUCACCAGCUAUUAUGACAUGUCUGAGCUGCUCAGCGACUGCGGCGGCACCAUCGGGACUGACGGACAGGUGAUGAACCUGGUGCAGUCUUACGUGACUUUGCGGGUGCCCCUGCAUGUGUCCUAUGUUUUCCACUCACCCGUGGGUGCAGGAGGAUGGCAGCACUUUGACUUGCAGUCGGAGCUGAGGCUCACGUUUGUGUACGACACUGCCAUCUUAUGGAGGGACGGCAUCGGCAGCCCGCCUGAGGCUGAAAUGCAAGGAGCGCUUUACCCUACAAGCAUGCGUAUCAAUGGCCAGGGACAACUUGUGGUCAAUUUCCGCACCGAGGCUCGCUUCAGGGGGCUGUUUGUGUUUGCCCACCCAGCUUCACCGCUCACCUCCAUGAUCAUGUGUGCGGACCACCCCGGUUUGACCUUUAACCUCAGCCUUGUGAGGAACGAGCCCACCUACAGCCAGCCCAUCCAGCAGUGGACGUUCACCUCAGACUUUGCAGUUCGGGACUACUCGGGCUUGUACACGGUGAAGCUGAUUCCCUGCACCGCCGCCCCCGGCCUGGAGUACACCAUCCCCCCUGUCUGCAACCCCAGAGAGCCGCUCACCUUUGACAUGGACAUCCGCUUCCAGCAGGUGAGCGAUCCGGUGGCUGCUGAGUUCAGCUUGAACACUCAGAUGAUGCUGCUCUCCAAACGGACGCUGUGGCUGUCAGACGGCUCCAUGGGCUUCGGACAGGAGAGUGACACUGCCUUCUCGCAGGGUGAUACCGUGUACGUUCGGGUGAUGGUGGAUCCUGUUCAGAACCUCGGAAACUCCUUCAUUUGUAACAUCGAGAAAGUGUUUCUGUGCACGGGGGCUGAUGGCUACGUCCCAAAAUACAACCCGAGCAACUUUGAGUUCGGCUGCCUGGCCGACGCUCCAUCGCUCCUCUACAGAUUCAAGAUCAUUGAUAAAGCCCAGCCGGAGACGCAGGCGCGGGCCUUCGGCAGCGUGGCGUUCAAUGCACUGCUGGCGGUGGACGACCCCGCCGCCUUGGCUCUGGUGAGGCAGCCCGGCGCCGAUGGGUUCAGGAUGGACUCCUCGCCGCUCUUCCAGGUGGCAGCAGGCAGAGAAUGGUACAUCCACACCAUCUACACCGUCCGCUCCCGGGACAACGCCAACCGUGGCAUCGGGAAGAGGAGCCUGGAGUACCACGUGAUGAGCCGGCCCACACACCCGCUUCGCCACAGGAGGUCCGUGAACGACGUCCCCGACAUCGCCGAGGAGAUCGGAGCCGACAGCAACCGAGGCACCAACAUCCUGCACAUCGCUCUGGACCGCAGCGGCCAGCGCCGGACCAGUCCGGACAGGGAGGUCUUCACCAGGGGGGGCGUCCCGCAGGAGGUCGGCCGGCGGGACGACGGCGGCGACGACCGCCUGGUGCUGAUCGUCGGCGGCCUGGUGGGCCUGCUCCUCACGGUGCUCCUCGUCAUCGUGGUGGCGCUGCUGGUCAGGUCCAGGCAGGAGAAGACCAAGGAGGCGCCGAGGAGCUCCGGCAGCGCCGAGCCCAUGAUGGCGCACGGCGCCGGCGGCAGUGACAGCUCGGAGGUGUAGCCGCCGCAGAUUCAGUUGAGAUUUUUUUAUUUUGCAAGUGCCUCACAUUGAAAAUUGAAGAUUGUGUGCGAAGAAAAAAACCACAAGAGCUUUGAAUCCAUUCAGCAAAUCUACUUGAAAUACUGCAUCACUUUCACAGCCGGGAGGUGGCGGACCACGGUGCCAGCUGUUUCACGCACUUGUGAAGUUGUCUUUUGAUGCCACUUGAUCCAAAAAAAAAACAAAAAACAAAAGAGAGAGAGAGAAAAGAAAAGUGUGUUCUUACACUUCCAAAGGUGCUACAGAGGAUGCCUCUUCACUUGAACGGCACACGGCUUUGUGCUUUAGGUCAAGAGAAGCUGGAUGCUUCGCGUACUGUCGUGGCCGUCCGGCUUUGUUUGUUCGAUUUGCUGCGCCAAGACACUGUCGACAGUUUGCUAACACUGGAAGAGUCUGUCAGUCCGUAGAGAAUGAUUUGUCCUUUAGAUGAUUCAGUGUGUGCCUAAUAAGAAGUCGCAGGAUUUUGAGAUGUGAAAUGUUUGUCCUGUGUGAUCAGUAGCACUCAAAUGAAAACAAGCAGAGCUGCCAGCUUCUGACUGCAGCUGAGCGCGAGAGGAAUUCUUAUUGAGAGGUGGUGCAAAAACAUUGAUAAACACCCACAUAAAAUCCCCAAUUUGAUCAAAAUCAGAGGUUUACUCAUAUAUUCACUCCAAGAAGAGAUUGUUUCAACAUAAGAAUGUGAUGAUAAGCAAAUAUUAAUUGAUGAAACAGAAAUUAAAUUGUGUAUAUUUAAAAUCUCUCCAUGAUUAAUCACAGUCUGUCUCAGCUAAGAUAAAGAUUUCAGUGUUUGAUGAGUUAACCAACACAGUCCCAGGGUUACAUAUCAAUAUAAGUAAAUAAUUAUUCACUGGUACAACUAUAAUUCUGUACUGCUUUACUUUGAAUUUACUGACACCAAUCAACCUCUAAUGAAUGUUUUUGGACUCAGACUCAACUCAAACCUGAAACUGUCCUGCUGUGAGAGAAAGUGCUAACCACUGCACCACUGCAGCCUCCAACCCUCACUUCUAAAGCCUUCAUAUUAGUUCAUGUUCACAUGAGGCAUCAGGAGUUGGCAGCUCCGGGAAUCAGUAUCAUUUGAGUGUACACCGUUUUCUCGUGCACAUGUUUUUGCAUGCAGUUAUUUUCUUCGUUAUUAUUUUCAAUUUUUUUGUAUUUCGAGAUCCCAAAAAAAAAAAAAAAAAGGGUCAAAGUGCUGAUUUGAAUUGUGACAAACGUGUCUGAUCUGCUGUGUUUCCACCUGUUUGUGUUUUCCAGCGACAGUAUUUAUCGGUAGCUGUUUUAAUUCCCCCUCCUGAUGCUGAGCAGUUGAAUCACUGGACGGUCUCAUCACUGGAAAUCAAACCGGAUACUUUGAGGAGUUUGGACUUCCAGGACAGCUGGUCUGCGGUGUACAGUGUAGUAUAGCAACGGCUCCAGAUCCGUUCAUCGGUACGCUCACUUUCUACGUGUUCGCUUCGCAGACAUCGCCGUGACUCCAAGUGUUUCCCUGUGCAGACCAGUCACCUUACAGACCCACUUCAAGGUCAUGAAACGCUCAGAAAAUCACUAUUUUUAAAUUUAUUUAUUUAUUUUUUCUGUUGUUAAUCCAUCCCAAAUCAAACAUCAUUUUGCUUUUUGAUAUAUUAAUAGUAUACAGUAGAUAAAAACAGUCUGUGUGCAUUAAGUAAAGCUUUUCCUCCUGCAGUGUUUUUCCCACAUUCAGGCACCAGAUUGCCAAAAAGCCCGAUUACCUCUGACUACUGUAUCUCCCAUUCAAACACUAACUUUGUCGUCACUGCUUUGUAAAUGUCAGGUCUUAUUUGCUUUUUGUUAUGUUCAAACAGAAAUCAAUUCUAUGCAACCUGUGACAUAAAACCUUCAUGAAAUGUUUACCCAAACUAUAUGCUGUUGUUUGUUUCAAUGCACAUUUUGCUUGCUGAUCGAUCAAUGUACUGUGGUUCCUUUACGACACACUGAUGCUUUUUAUUAUGCACAUUCAUGUAUGUAUGUAUAUACAUAUGUAUUACAUAUAAAUAUACCAUUUGGAUGUUUUUGGGAAUGGUUAUUGUU